AUGUCCGAACCCUCAGCCACCACGUACAAUGUGUUGGAGCCCAAGCUGGCUUCCCCGGCCCCCUCCCUGCCCCCGGCCCUCGACCUGGACCCCGACCCAGACCCCGAUCCUGACGGGCUGCACCCACACGAGGAGCAGUAUGUGAGCGAGGCCGAGACCAGCCUGCUCCCACCGCAGCCGGAGCCCCCCGCCUGCAGGGACGCAGAGACCAUCACAGAUGUGUGUAACAGCACCGACCUGCCAGAGUUCGAGAUCAUCAGCCUGCUGGAGGAGCAGCUGCCGGUGUACCGGCUGAGGGCCGACACCGUCUACGGCUACGAUCACGAUGACUGGCUGCACACGCCGCUGGUCGCCCCGGACACCAGGAUCGACCUGACCACCGAGCAGAUCGAAGAGACCCUCAAAUACUUCUUACUAUGUGCAGACAGAGUGGGCCAGAUGACGAAGACCUACAAUGACAUCGAUGCUGUCACACGUCUGUUGGAGGAGUUGCACAGCGUGACUCGAAGAAUGAACAACUGGCAGGGAGAAAAAACUCCCCGAGGACCGAGGAUGUCAGACGGAUACCAACCAAGAUGGAAGGUCAAGGAGUGGGACGGUCACGUCCAACGCCGGUCACCCCAGGCCGGCGUACAGAUUGAGGGAGCGUCGGCCUUCGGCUAG